AAAGAAAAAAAACAAAAGGAAAGAGAACUACAGCCAACCAAAAUAUUGAUUACCAAUGCAAUAUUCACACCUAUAUUCUCCUUUUGCUCCACCUCCACCCCACCUCUUCGAAAUUCCAAAAAUUAUGAUUUUUUAUUUUUAUAGGUUUCAAUUUAUUCAUCAAACAGAACUAAUAAACUUUCCAUAAUACAGGCAUAAUGAUCAAUUUUUCAAAAAAAAAAAAAAAAAAAAAAGCUAUAUGCAACAAAAUUGCCGCGAAUGAAUCUUCCAUGGAAUUGAAAUAAAUAGCUAACUUUUUCGUCCCUAAUGCGCUCAAAUAAAAAAACCCCUAACAUUUUUGUCAUUGCAGCCGGCAGCCCUUCGCAACCCCACCCCCCUUUGAAAUUUCAGUCCCCGCCCCAGCCGAACUAGGUCUUCCUUCGACUGCCGGAAUCAACCGCCGUUCCUCCAGGCCAGCAGUGACGAGGACGACGACGCGCGACUACCAGCAGCCCUCCUCCUUCCAGCCACCAGCCACCAGCCACAUCUUUCUCCCUUGUUGUGCGACCAUCGCCAACCGCCGCACCAGCCGCACCGAUUAGCCACCACCGGCGGGUGAUAAUUUAAGAGAAAAUAAGCACACAUAGAAGAUGAACAGCUCAUCUGCUGGACCUUCAUUGAAAUCUAAAGUUGGAUCCUCACAACCUAAUGAAACUUCAUUUAAGCGAAAGCGAGGAGUCUUUCAGAAAGACUUGCAGCACAUGAUGUAUGGUUUUGGAGACGAUCCUAAUCCUCUUCCUGAAACCGUGGCACUUGUGGAGGAUAUCGUCGUGGAGUAUGUAACAGAUUUGGCACAUAAAGCCCAAGAUAUAGGAUCAAAGAGGGGAAAGCUUGCAGUUGAAGAUUUUCUCUACUUAAUUCGCAAGGACCUACCAAAACUUAACCGAUGUUCGGAACUUCUAUCUAUGCAAGAGGAGCUGAAACAAGCAAGGAAGGCUUUUGAAGUGGAUGAGGACAAGCUAGCCUCUAUCGAGUGAGACAUGAGAAAGCAUGAAUCAACUUGCAUCUUGUCUUGUAUUUGAUUUUUGUUUGUUUGUUUUGUUGAUAAACAUGUAAAUAAUGAAAGCUGGUUGGAUAACUGAUUAUCUCAUUUUCCAUACUUUUGAUCA